AUGAGAAACUACUUGAGAAAGUAUCCUCGGCAAGUGAUUGCUCUUCUCUAUCGAGAAUGUUUCAACCUUCGGAGUGAAUGGAUCACUUGGAUCUUCCGAAUACUCGCCCCCUCUCUCAUUGUCGUUCUUUUAUUCAUCAUCCAACAGAGUAUUCUCUCUCUCACUGCAACGAAUGGAAAUACCUUAUAUGAGAGUGAUUUUACCUUGCCCAAUGUUCCUCAGAGUUUGAAAAAGCCUUCACCAGGUGAAAAGUAUUUGCUCAUCUCCAAUGAUGGUUGUCCGUUUUAUAGGGAUGGUCCCGACUUGUUUAAUAUUUCGAGGAUCAUUGCAGAGAUGAAUGAUCCACCUUUGAGUUAUAUGGAGAAUUCAACCACGUGUUUGGAGUUUGGAGAAUGGUCAAAAUGUGAGAAGGAUAUUUGUGUGAUUGGAACGACUCAAAAUUCCAUUUCUCCAACAAGGUUUAAGAAGUUGAUUCAAUCCAAUGUCAUCUUGGGAGCAUGGGUGCUACAAUCAUGGAGAGAAUACAUGACGGAUAGUUUGGUAUGGGAUGUGGAAGUCAUUCCAAGCUAUCUCACAUCCAUUAGAAAUCCUUUCUUUCCUUUACCUGCUGGAGUGACAAAAGUGAGUGAAGAACAGAACAAGUUGACCCUAAUGAGUGUCAUUGAUCGAGCUUUUAAUUUGGCCAAUGCGACUCGAAAUUCAAAACCUUACACCUUAGACAUGAAAAUCAAUCACAUGCCAUCGAAGAGGGGACAAGACAAUCCGCACGGUAAUGAGUUGGCCACUGUUGUUUCACAACGUUUAGUCACCAUUAUGAUUCCAACUUUCAUCAUCAUUUCUCUUUUUCUGUCAGCCUCCCAUGUCAAUACCUUGAUUGCAAGAGAUCGACAAUUACGAGUGGGUAUGAAAUGUUAUGGAUUGAUGAAUUCUUCCUAUUGGACAUUUGUCUUCUUGUUUGAAGCGAUACAUUUGGCGCUCGUAUGCGCAAUCAUCACUGCCAUGGGAUACAUUUGUCAGCUCAACUUUUUCACAGGAUGUCAUGACCCUCUUGUGAUCUUUAUUAUUUUGUGGGGUAUGGCGUUUUACUUUUGUUGCUUGUUGGCUACCGCGAGUACCUAUAUUCGAGCCAAUUCUGCCUCAAACAUUACAUUGUUUUUUCUUCUCGUCUCCAAUGUUCUCUUCUCCUUGGUGACACUUCAACCAGAAGCCAUGAUGAGUCCAACCGUGAGAAUUAUCGUUCCAGAGCCUAUUGCCAUUGUGGGUGGUCCACUCUACAUUUUCCCUACAGCUGCCUAUUCUAUCGCCAUGACCACCAUAUCCUUUAUGACUUCAUCCUAUUAUGACGAAAAGACCGGACUCCUUAUAUCACCACCAGGUUUUAAGGAUAUUGAUUACUGGGUGAGUCCAGUUCAAACCUUUUACGACCAACAAGGAUCGAUCAGAUAUUACGACGAUCUUGUGUUGGCCCCCUAUUUAUGCAUGAUUGAUAUUAUUGGACAAGGAAUUGUAUUUAUUUUACUCACCAUGUAUCUCGACAAUGUGAUUCCACCUGCUUUUGAUGGUAUUCGACAAUCCAUCUUUUAUCCAUUCUCUCCAAAGUAUUGGGGAUUUCGAUCGAACAAAAUUGGUCGUGACGAUUUGGCCAUUGAUUUCGACACUCAUGGCACUGCUUUUGAAGUUCUCGAAGAUAUUGAUCCCGAUGUGGCUCGAGAAUACAAAGAAACAACACGAACCUUCCAAAAUGCAGAUGUUUCCAUCUCGGUCAUUCAACUGAGCAAGACCUUUACCUCCUUUUUGAAGCGCAAUACCAACAAUAAGAAUGCUCUCAAUAGUGUAUCUUUCCAUGCAAAAAGAAAUGAAAUUACUGCCAUAUUGGGCCACUCUGCUGCAGGUAAAUCCACACUUUGCAAAAUAUUGACUGGAUUAAUGGCUCCCUCUUCUGGUGAUGCCAUUAUUGAAAAAAUGUCCAUUGCUAACGAUUUUCAGCACAUUCAAGAACACAUUGGUGUUUGCAUGCAAGACGAUUUCAUUAUUGACAACUUGACUGCUCGACAACAUAUUUACUUCUUUAGCAUGAUCAGGGCUGUUCCUUUCAGACAAUUGAGAGAAGAAGCUAAAACUAAGCUUGAACGAGUGUUUUUAACAGAUAGUGCCGACAAGCAAACACGUACCUUCUCGGGAGGAAUGAAACGAAGAUUAAGCUUGGCAACUUCCAUGAUUGGAGAUCCAUCCAUCUUGUUUUUAGAUGAAAUCACAACGGGUGUUGAUGUUGUCAUUAAGCGAAAAAUUUGGAACAUGUUGGCCCAAUACAAAAACAUGGGAAAGACCAUCAUUUUGACCACUCACUCCAUGGAAGAAGCCGAGAAUAUUGGAGACAAAAUUGUCGUGCUUGCAUUAGGUAAAAUCAGAGCCUGUGGAAAUAUUUCACAUCUCAAAAAGAGAUGGGGAGCAGGUUAUAAGGUCGACUUGAUCAUGAAUAAUAAUAGCAACUCGAAUGGCGAAAAGAUUAAGAAUAGUCUCUCGACCAAAUAUACGCCUAACAAGUUAAUUCUCAUCAAGGAAAAUACCAACACGAACUCUCUCACCUAUCGAUUGAACAUGAAACCAAAACAAAUUUAUGAAUUCUUGCAGUUUUUAAAUUCUACAUUUUCCCUCGAUGAGUCCACAGACAAUAUUUUGAAAGAUUAUGCCUUAUCCUUUACUUCCAUGAAAGAUGUGUUCACACGAGUGACACAUGGAGGUUCAUAUGAGUUGGAGGCAGCUCUCAUUCAAGAAAAGGGAACAAAUAUGAAUGAAGAACAAGACGAAGAAGAAGAUGAUGCUGAAGAGCCUUUCGAGCAGCCACAAGUGAACAAACGAUUCUUCAGCCUAUUAUCACAGCUCCAAUCCGAUAAGAUUAAAUUGGUUAUGGAUAAGAAUUAUUCACUCCAAGAUUUGAGAAGUGACAAUGUGGAAAUUGAAAUCACUGUGAAGGCUCGUCACAAUGUUGGAUCGAAUGAUAUUCGCGUGUAG